AAAGAUAUAUCAUGUUAUAAUAUACGUCCAUAAAAAAAUAAAAUAAAAUAUUCUUUUUACUUUUUGUUUUCUUUAUCUAACUAUUCUUUUACUUAAUUAUUAUACAAAAAGUUGGAUUACACAUUAACACUUUGACCAUUUAAAUAACAAUCGGCCAUGUUAAACUGGCUACAUAUAUAUAUAUAUAUCCAAUAUGAGCACGAGUUUCUACUUUCAACGGAAGACGUAUGCGACGUCGUGAUUAUGAUGAAGAAAUACAAGUCGUUAAUUUAACGAAAUUUGAAGUAAGUAUUUUGCAUUAUAUAGAUCUUCUAAUUACAAAAUGAAGAACGUGCCCAUUAAUAUGGUGAAGUAAAACUACUUAUUAUUGUGCAUGGUAGCUGGACAACAACAUGACCCACAUAUUCAAUAACGAUCAAAGGAUAAGAAGCAAAUCAACACACAUAUACAACUUGACAAGAAAUUCAAAGUCAAAUUAUAGACACUAAUAAAUGAUAAACAAAAUAUCAUUUAUUUCACUAUAGUCAAAGUAUGUCCAUCCCCAACCGGACGAAGUUUGCCUCAAUUAUUUAGCAACAUGCAUAUGCCUAUAUAAAAUUUGCUCAGUUUUCUGAAUCCACUACAACUCACUCUUUCACAAAAAACCAUUAAUCAACAAUAAAUGGCUUCUCCGUACCAUUUCAUGCUCUUCAUCUCUCUUCUCUUUCCCAUCAUAAUAUCCUCUUCUUCAGCCCAAACGACAUCGUUCCGACCCAAAUCUCUCAUACUUCCAGUAACCAAAGAUGCCUCUACUCUCCAAUACACCACCGUUAUUACUCAAGGAACACCCCCAAUUCAGGUCAAAGUAAUCAUUGACCUGGGCGGUGAAUUCCUCUGGACUGUUUGCGAUCAAGCAAACAGGUCCUCAACCUACAAGAUUGUCCGUUGCCGUUCAGCUCAGUGCAACCUAGGAGACUUGAAAUCUUGUGAUACAGCUAACAACUGUAUGGAGAGUCCCACAAACACCGUAAUCAACCUCGGAAGCUCAGACUAUUUCUCUCAAGACACCCUUUCAAUACAAUCCAGUGAUAAAUCCAAUCCAGGAAGACUCGUUUCGAUCCCGAAAUUUCUCUUCAGUUGUGCCCCUACUCUUCUCUUAGAAGGCCUAGCCAGUGGCGUAAAAGGCUUAGCCGCCCUUGGAUGGAACGUGCUUUCGCUCCCUUUGCAGUUUUCAGCAGCUUUCAGUUUUCCAAGGAAAUUCGCUCUAUGCUUGUCCUCUUCAACCUCAGCUAACGGCGUCGUUUUAUUCGGUGACGGACCUUAUAUGUUGGGUCCUGGUAUUGAUGUCUCUAAGCUACUCACUUAUACUCCAUUGAUUCGCAAUCCUAUAAACCUUGUUGGGGGUUUCUUUGGUGUCAGCGAACCAUCUGCCGAGUACUUCAUCGGUGUAAAAUCGAUUAAGAUCGGUGGAAAAACAGUGCCGGUGAACACUACCCUAUUGUCCAUUAACAAAGAAGGAGAAGGAGGAACGAAGAUCAGUACCGUUUUUCCGUACAGUUCGUUGGAAACUUCCAUACACAAGGCCGUAGUUGAUGCAUUCGUUAAAGCUCUGGGCAACGUAACUAGAGUUGCGGCAGUGGCUCCUUUCAGCGCAUGCUUUAGUGCAAAGAGCUUUGUUAGCACCCGAACGGGGCCCGGUGUUCCGCUGAUCGAGUUUGUGUUGCAGAGUGAGAAAGUUGUGUGGAGGAUUAAUGGUGCCAACUCCAUGGUUUUUGUUAACAAGGAUGUGGUGUGCCUGGGAUUCGUUGAUGGUGGUCCUCUUCGUUUUGUUGAUUGGGGUAUUAAGUUUACGAGAACUGCUAUUGUGAUUGGAGGGCAUCAGAUUGAGGACAAUCUUAUUCAGAUUGAUUUGGCUGCUUCUAGGCUUGGUUUCAGUUCCUCUCUUCUCGCUACCCAAACCACUUGCUCAAACUUUAACUUUACCUCCGCUGCUAAUAAUUAAUCUCUUUAUAUUACUGUACGUUUUCAUAUUUUCAGCAUUAUAUAUACAAUAUAUUACACAAUAUAAAUAAUAAGCAAAAUUUAUAUUUUUGUUACA